UGUUGGAUAAUAUUUGCCGAAGAAAUAACUUGGAGGCGUGUGUCCACUGCGAGUGACCAUUUGCGAUAGAAUCGGCUUAGGAGACGUGUUCAAAAUGUUUAGGAUAGCGGUAGUGGCAAUUUUUUCGGUGAUAGUUUUAAGCGCAAUUCCCAGCCUGGAAGCCAACCGCUGCCUUGGCAGGCCUGACGGUUUCUUCGUCAACGACUUUACAGCAUGUGACGCCUUUUUCACAUGCAUCCGCCAAACUCCAGUGCCGGGGCGUUGCCCGGAGGGGUUCUACUUCAACGAGAAUAAUCAAAUGUGUGACAACCCGUGGAAUGUGAUUUGUCUGCUUUGCGUUGGAACGGAAACUGAACCGGACACGGAGCCGGAAACUGAAACUGAUGAUCCGGAAACGGAACCACAAGAAGGUGUAGUUACGGAGUUCUUCCCGAUCGAAAACGAAUGCAGCAUGUACACGCUUUGUGUCAAUGGUGUUGGAUUCCUGAGAGAGUGUUCGGCCGGUUUGAUGUUCGACCCCGUGGCUCAGCGCUGCGACCUGGAGGAAAAUGUUGAGUGUGUGGAAAACAUCUGCCCGAACAGUGUCAACCCGGCGGUAGCCUCUAUGGUACCGGAUCCGACGGAUUGCUCUCAGUACUACAUCUGCUUCAACAGGAUUCCGAACGGACCACAUACGUGCAAUGCUGGUCUUCUGUUCGAUCCCGUCAACAGGCGAUGCGAUCUGGAGGAUAACGUCGAAUGUGAGGUUGUCACGGAGCCCCCAACGGUUACUGAUUGUCCACCGACUGGCCUUCACUACAUUCCCGUGGAGGGAGAAUGCUCUAGCUUCUUCAUUUGCCUCAAUGGGGAACAAAUCGGCGAAGAAGUCUGCGCGGACGGUCUCAUCUUCGAUAUCAACCUGAGAAACUGCCGGCCACGGACCGACGAAGGUUCGCAGUGUAUCACCGAUCCACCGGUCGAAGUUGCCAAACGCAUUCUGGGCUUCAAAAUUGGAAGCACUCAGGUUGUGAUAUCAAAAAUGAAAAAAUAUUUCCUUUCGUUAUUCAUCCUUGGAUGGAUGUUAACCGAUGUGUACGGCAAUCCUUGUGAAGGGAUAAAUAGUGGAUUUGUGGCUCAUACAGAUUGCACUCGAUACUACUCUUGUGUGAAUGGCGUUGCCCAUGAAAUGCAGUGUCCAGCAGUUUACCCUAUAUUCAGGCCGGAUACACAAAUGUGCGACUCGGGUAACGCAGAUGAGUGUGUUGCGUGCCCAGCUACAGGACUUGCUAGAUUCCCGGUUGCCGGAUCCUGCACCAAAUUCAUCCUGUGCGUAAACGGUGUGCAAAGCCAGCACGAGUGCCUCAACGGUCUUGUUUUCGAUACUGCUCUAAACGAGUGCAAUCUAGCUGCCAACGCCCCUCCAUGCACAUCAGUCACAUGUCCCGCCAACGAUGAUCCAGCUAAUCCAACGUUCAUUCGUCAUCCAACGAACUGCAGACAGUACUACAUUUGUGUAGCAGGUCAGCCAAUUCAACAAGAGUGCCCAGUUGAUACGGCAUUUAAUCCAUCAACCAAUGUCUGCGAUCUUCAGGCAAAUGUUCAGUGUCCAGCUUUAUGGCGUUCCAUGGAGUCUUCCUCCUCCCUGGUAUCCAAAAGUUUAUCGAAAGCCGAUCCAAUAUGCAGCGGAAAUACAGGAAUUAAAAAUCUGCCUGACCCAGAUGAUUGUUCACGUUAUUACUUGUGUAUGAAUGGUGUUUCCUACUCGGUAGCAUGCAGUACUGGCCUUAUUUUCGAUUCCCAAACUAAUAAAUGUGGCAGCAAGGAAACCUCGGUAUGUGUAAAAGAUGUUACUAAAUCACCAUGUGCAGGUAAUGUUGGAUUGAAAUAUGAGCCGCACGAACAAGAAUGCUCCAAGUACUACAUGUGCAUGGGAGAGACCUUGUACGAACUCACUUGCCAAGCUGAUAAACUUUUCAAUACUAACACGGGUAAAUGCGAAGCAUCUUCAACGGUGAUUUGUUCAAAUGGUGUAUCUCCAGUUACACCUGAUCCAAACAUGUGUGCUGGCAAUGUUGGCACUAAUAGGCUUCCUGACUCAACCGAUUGUACCGCUUUCUACGUGUGUGUUGGCGAGCAAUUUUUCCGGCAAACUUGUGCUGACUCACUUAUUUUCGAUGUUCUGACAAACGAUUGCAAUAGACCAGAAAAUUCUGUUUGCAUCACUGAAAUAGCUACCCCUCCAGUUGCGGGUCAAACUACGACAACCGCACCCACGACUGUUCGUCCAUCUACGAAUGCACCAAUCCAAACCACAACUACAACUCCAAUUCAAACCACAACGAGAGCCCCAGCUACCUUAGCUCCUACUACUCUCGCUCCAACCACCCUCGCUCCUACUACCCACGCUCCUGCAACUACACCAGCGCCAGCCAACCCAUCCACACCAUACUGCCCUCCGGGACAAGUUUUCUUCUACCCCCAUCCGGAUUGCUCCAAGUUUUACCGCUGUGUGUACGGAACUUUGUACGUACGGGACUGCCCCGCCAACCAGUACUGGAAUCAGGCUCGCGAGUACUGCGAUCAUCUGUACAAUGUGAACUGUCCUGCACGGCAGUGAAGCGACCAUAUGGACGAGGUACCACAAUACAAACCUCACCUCCGAAUCAAAACUACUCAUCAUGACGGGCUUGCUGUCUAACCGUCAUUGUUACGAUAGCUGUUGUACGACACUUCCACUACCACUAGUCCUAGCUAAUUUGUACACUCCGACAGUUACUUUGUUUUAGUUGCAAAUAAAUUAGUUGAUGUUCUGAACUUUCA